GGAAGUCUCAGCAAUAAUGACAAAUUUGAAUAAAGCAAACUCUUUUCCGCUCUUGAAGGGCUCUAUCGACCUUUUAUUGCUUCUUCCACAAUAUCUUGACACCAUCGAAGAUUUCAUUCACCUUUCGUCCACUUGCAAAACUUUGUACGAUAUCUACACCGAACAUACGCCAUUACCUGGAUUGGUUUUUGAGCUCGCUGCUGCUUCUUCUCUGGAGAUUUUUGAGCCUAAGCCUCAUUUUCUCAUCUCUGGUGUCGCCCGUCAAAUUGGCGAAUGGGCUAUUGAGACAUCUGAGAAUCGUACUGAGUUUCAUGAAUCCUUCAAAACAGAAGGAAUUUUUGGAUUAUUUGAGCUUUGCAAGAAAAGAGGAGAGAUGACCGUCGAAGAGAUUCGCAGCCUGGUUGAUCGAAAGUCCAUUCUCAGAUCCCUUGUUUUGAUUCAUUCGAAAAGAAAUAAUCGCACAGUGUAUUCCGAAUAUACAGCCAUGUUGCCCUAUUUACAAAUCGCAAUGUUUGGAGGUCUAUUCGCUGCUAGCGUCAGUAAUUUUUGCGAGCCAGGAGUGACGAAUCCAUUGCAUACAAAGAUCAGAUUAGACUGGUGGGCGAAGUGUUGCCCAGACCGGUCGUGCAAUGAUAGUUUGGAACUAAUCGGUUCACAGCCUCCUUGGCUUGGAGGUCGUCAGAUGUACGCCAUAAUGGAAGCGCUCCAAAAUACCGCGUCAAUUCAAACGCCCACGCUGAUCUCAUUAAUGAGAAGUAUUCCUGAGUGCUUUGUCACUUCAGCAGAUGAGUGCAGAAAAUUUUCCUAUGACAACACUUACCACGAUAGAAACCUCGCUUUAUCUGCUUUCGUUUAUCUGCAGGGCUGGGACUCGCUGGACUUGAUGUAUCAAGUCGAGGUAGGAAAAAAAUCACUUCACGCACAAGCGGCAGUUGAUGCUGCGAUGAUUGCCUUCCGAAUGGAUACCAGUCAAGUCGCCAAAUUCAAAGUCAUAAGUGACGGUGUGAAAGAUGAUUUAUGUGAGGACUUGGGCACCGUAGUGAGCAUCGAGCUUGAUACACGCUUUGUUUGCGAUCGAGGCCUCUUGAAGACGAUGUUAUACUCGAUACUCGGACAUUGACAUGAUAUAACCGGGGAGAUUAUGAUGUUAUUGUACAUAGAUUAAAACUUCAAGCCUCAAAUCCCGAACAAGCAUUUGCAUCACCAGAAGUUAAUCUGACUAUUAGAAGAGCAGACUUAAGUAAGUAGCUUCUCCAGAUUGGGCACAUACAAUAUGUAUGAAAGUCUUAAAUAUUCACGUUUCCCCCUUUUACA